AGGUGGGUCAGCCCUCACCAUCGUCAUUGCUUCAUUACAAAUCCAGCCUGGUUCUUCUAUCAACCAGAUCUCAUCUCUGCCGUCCAUCCUUCCCCUGAUAGAGAUUCUUCAUCUAACACCCCCUGCAAUUUCCUCUAAUCACCCAAAAAAAGGGAACAAGGGAAAUUGAAGAGAAGAGAAAAAGAAAUGGAGGGUUCUUUGAAAUUUGUGGCAUUGAUGAUGGUAAUGGUGGUGACGGCUGCUGUGGCGGUGAAUGGAGACGGAGAGGUGUCGAAGACGCCGCCGACAGUGGUGAAGAAGGUGAAGGGUACGAAGAUGUGUGCCAAAGGGUGGGAGUGUAAUAAGCUCUCCAAGUUCUGCUGUAAUUUGACCAUUACCGACAUUUUCGAUACCUACCAGUUUGAGAAUCUGUUCGCCAAGAGGAAUUCCCCCAUCGCUCACGCCGUUGGGUUCUGGGAUUACCGCUCGUUUAUCCUCGCCUCCGCCGACUUCCAGCCACUAGGAUUCGCCACCACCGGCGGCAAGAAGAUGCAGAUGAAGGAGCUCUCCGCUUUCCUUGGCCAUGUCGGCAGCAAAACUUCAUGUGGUUAUGGUGUGGCUACUGGUGGACCGUUGGCUUGGGGUCUGUGUUAUAACAAGGAGAUGAGUCCUAGCCAAGACUACUGUGAUGAUUUCUACAAGCUGACCUACCCUUGUGCCCCGGGAGCUCAGUAUUAUGGUCGCGGUGCCUUGCCCCUCUACUGGAACUUCAAUUAUGGAGCUGCAGGUGAAGGCCUCAAGGUCGAUCUCUUGAACCACCCCGAAUACGUCGAACAAAAUGCCACCAUUGCUUUCCAGGCUGCAAUGUGGCGGUGGAUGACCCCGAUGAAGAAGGGGCAGCCUUCGGCUCACGAUGCUUUCGUCGGUAAUUGGAAGCCCACCAAGAACGACACUCUAGAACAUAGAGUUCCCGGCUUCGGUACCACCAUGAACAUACUCUACGGUGAUCUCGUGUGCGGUCAAGGCGACGUGGACUCCAUGAACAACAUCAUCUCCCAUUACCAGUACUACCUCGACUUACUUGGUGUUGGCCGCGAGGAAGCUGGGCCCCACGAUGUUCUGACCUGUGCAGAACAAAAACCCUUCAACCCAUCCUCGACUUCUUCCUCUUCCUCUUGAGGUCUGCACCAUAUUAGAUUCAUUUCCCCCGGUCAACAUUUACAAGAACAAAGCGUGCAAUAAGAGGAGCAAGUAAGAUUUCACCUCCGCCUUUCGAUUUUGCUCCUGCUCUCUAAACUCAUGAAUGGAGCUCUAAAUAUUAUAGUGGGGAUCAUAUUACAUGUAUUGAUGUUGCUGUUCUUGUGAUGUGUUCUAUAGAUUUUUGGGAUUCAUUUGGUGUUCAUAAUGUGUAUUUGUGCAUGGUGUAGUAAUGAGGUUUGGCAUAUUUUAUGUAAUGUGAACUCUUACACAUAUAUCUAUCAAUUGUGAAGACUCAAAUGUUGCUGCAUUA